AUGUGCAGCAUAACGCCGCCGAGCACACCGCCGCGCUCGCCGAGUCCAGUCGAAGCGACGCUCAUCGACGCCUUGCCCGAGUCCCCGACGGCGGCCGUCCCAGUCCGCUCCGAGGCGACACCAGAACCGGUGCGGCCGAUCCGCCGCUCGGUCGCGCUGCGAUUGCGAUACAAGGAGUGCAAUGGCGACCUCGCGGGCGGUUCAUUCGUAGAAUUAGCUAAGACGCUCGCGGACGGCCUCACGUUCUCGGACCGCGUGCAGUUUGCUCGAGUCGUCACGCAGCCGCUCCUUGUCGAGGCGGAGGCCAUCAUCGCCCGGCGUUCGUUCCCCCGCGGCGGCCCGCUCCGCCGGCGGCGCCGCGGCAAGACGUACCGCGACAUCACACGCGAGCUCUCGCCGAUCGUUCUCAGAGCGAACGGACAGCUCGUCGAGCACGGCCUCUUCCUGCGCCUCACGAUCGUGCAGGUCCACGGCUGGUUGAACGCGUUUUUAACCACGCGGCCGGCGCUAGAUGCUGUGUGGAAAUAAAAAUUUCGGGCGCCCCACGCUAUCGACGCGAUGUUGUCUCCGACGACGUUUUUCCACACAGGCUAGAUGUCACCGUCGAAGACCUCGCGGCGCUCGCAACGCGGAGCGGUGGCGCCGCGACCGUCUGCGUCGCGCCCGCUACAGGUGACGACGCUCCCGUCGCGGCGGCGGCGGCGCUCGACGACUCGCUGUGCAGCGGCAUCGUCGUCGCGGUGCCGGCGGCUCCGGCUGUAUCUGCGCUCGCCGGUCGCGCGCCCGAGUCCUCGCCGUGGUUUGUCCGCCGCCGCGGCGUCGUCGUCACCGUACCCGCGGGGGCCGUGGCCGGCUCUAGAGCCAUCGUCUCGCUUCCCGACGACGGCUCGGCGCGGCACGCGACGGUGACUAUCGCGUUCCCCCCUGGCCUUUCUACUGGGCAGGAGCUGACGGUGGCGUUGGAGGUUUAAUGCUAGUACUC